GAUCUCGCUGAGCGUCCGCCUGGCCUCCUCUCUUCCUCGCUUGUCCGAGCUUCUGCACAGUCCAAUAUGGCUGGCGGUAAGGCUGGAAAGGACUCCGGAAAGGCCAAGACAAAGGCGAUUUCCCGCACACACACGCAGCGAGCCGGCUUGCAGUUCCCUGUGGGCCGUAUUCAUCAACACCUGAAAUCUAGGGCAACCAGCCACGGACGUGUGGGCACCACUGCUGCUGUGUACAGCGCAGCCAUCCUGGAGUACCUCACCGCAGAGGUACUUGAGUUGGCAGGAAAUGCAUCAAAACAGGUAAAGCGUAUUACCCCUCGUCACUUGCAAGUUGCUACACGUGGAGAUGAAGAAUUGGAUUCUCUGAUCAAGGUUACAAUUGCUAGUGGUGCUGUCAUCCCACACAUCCACAAAUCGCUGAUUGGGAAGAAAGGACAACAGAAGACUGUCUAAGGAUGCCUGGAUUCCUUAUUAUCUCAGGACUCUAAAUAUUCUUAGCAGCUGUCCAGUGUGGUGAUUCCAGUGGACUGUAUCUCUGUGAAAAACACAAUUUUGCCUUUUUGUAAUUCUUUUUGAGCAAGUUGGAGGCUUAAUUAGCCUUCCAACCAACCAAAUUUCUGCAUUCGAGUCUUAACCAUAUUUAAGUGUUACUGUGGCUUCAAAGAAGCUAUUGAUUCUGAAGUAGUGGGGUUUUGAUUGAG